AUGAUUGUACCUCUAUUCAACCGCGGAGCUCUGUCGCUCGCGGUCUUGUCACUUCUCGCGUCAUCUGCUGCAGCUAAUGUAUUUGAGAGUUUGUCUGCUGUUCCACAGGGAUGGAGAUAUUCUCGCACACCGCGUGCUGAUCAGCCCAUGAAGCUACAGAUUGCUCUGGCACAGGGGGAUACUGCCGGAUUUGAAGCGGCUGUGAUGGACAUGUCGACCCCUGAUCAUCCUAGCUAUGGGCACCACUUCAAUACCCACGAGGAAAUGAAGCGGAUGCUGCAGCCCAGCGCGGAGUCUGCGAACUCGAUCCGUGACUGGCUCGAAAGUGCGGGUAUUACCAAGAUCGAACAGGAUGCCGAUUGGAUGACCUUCUACACCACCGUGGAGACGGCAAAUAAGCUGCUGGCAGCCAAUUUCCAGUUCUACGUCAACGGUGUCAAGCACAUUGAGCGUCUUCGCACGCUCAGGUACUCCGUCCCGGAGGCUAUGGAGUCACACAUCAACAUGAUCCAGCCAACUACCCGUUUUGGCCAGCUGCGCGCCAACUCGGCCAUCCUGCACACCCAGACCAAGGAAACCGACGCGGAAUUCCGCUCGAAGGCCAUGUCCGCUUCCCCGGACUGCAACAGCGUCAUCACUCCCCAGUGUCUCAAGGAUAUGUACAACAUCGGUGACUACCAGGCCAGCGACUCCAAUGGGAACAAAGUCGGAUUUGCCAGCUACCUGGAGGAGUAUGCACGCUACGCUGAUCUGGAACUAUUUGAAAAGAAUGUUGCACCCUUUGCCAAGGGCCAGAACUUCACCGUCGUCCAGUAUAAUGGCGGUGGUAAUGAUCAAGACUCGAAAGCUAGCAGCAGCGAGGCAAACCUCGACUUGCAGUACAUUGUUGGAGUCAGCUCUCCUGUUCCUGUUACCGAGUUUAGCGUCGGCGGUCGUGGUAAACUUGUUCCCGACCUCGACCAGCCUGAUCCCAAUGAUAACAACAACGAGCCGUACCUUGAAUUCCUUCAGAACGUGCUCAAGAUGGACCGCAAGGACCUCCCCCAGGUGAUUUCCACCUCUUAUGGCGAGGACGAGCAGAGUGUCCCGGAGAAGUACGCCCGCACCGUUUGCAACCUGUUCUCGCAGCUCGGCAGCCGUGGUGUGUCUGUCAUCUUCUCAUCUGGCGACUCCGGCGUUGGCUCCGCGUGCCAGACGAACGACGGCAGGAACGCGACCCACUUCCCACCCCAGUUCCCUGCUGCCUGCCCGUGGGUGACAUCGGUCGGCGCGACAACCCACACUGCCCCUGAGAGGGCUGUGUUCUUCUCGUCCGGCGGUUUCUCCGAUCUCUGGGACCGCCCGAAAUGGCAAGAGGACGCUGUGUCCAAGUACCUCGACACCCUGGGUAACCGCUGGUCCGGCCUCUUCAACUCCAAGGGCCGAGCCUUCCCCGACGUCACAGCCCAAGGCCAGAAUUACGCCAUCUACAAUAGGGGCUCGUUGACCAGCGUCGAUGGCACAUCCUGCUCGGCACCUGCCUUUGCUGGAAUCAUCGCCCUCCUCAACGACGCCCGCCACAAGGCCAAGAAAGCACCCAUGGGCUUCCUCAACCCCUGGCUGUACUCGGCCGGCCGCGAUGGUCUAAAGGACAUUGUUGACGGCGCCAGCACGGGCUGCGAUGGCCAUGGCCGCUUCAGCGGCCCCGCUAAUGGUGGUCCAUCGAUUCCAGGUGCCAGUUGGAACGCCACUAAGGGCUGGGACCCUGUUUCUGGUCUUGGAUCACCCAACUUUGCCGCCAUGCGCAAGCUUGCGGGCGCUUAG